AGCAAGCUAGCAAACCCAAACUCGCUCCUCCUCGCCGCACCCUGGUCAUGUUAACUGCUAGCGGUGUUAAAAUGCAGUAUUGACAUAUUUUUUCCCCUAUUCUUGGAAGGAUUAGCUUGUGGCGAAUGAGAAUCUUUGGGCUUCAAUGAGAGACUAUGGACACACACUCACCACGCCCCCUCAUCCAGGAACACCCUGCCAGUGGGUGUGUGUACUCACACAGUGCCGAGGCGCACCAGCGAGCAGCCCACACACUUGUCACGGAUCCCCGGGAUUAGCUGGCUCCUCUCCCCGGCCCCCGGAGCUCCCUCACCGGCUUCCCCCUCACCCUCCUUCGGCAGGAUCCUCUGCGGAAGCCUGGACAACAAUGUGAAUUUGGAACCGUGGUGGUGGAAAUGAAGGAAGCGGGCCACCAACUCCACGCUCUGCUCAACUGAUUCUGCCGCCUUUGCCGAGUGGAACCCGAAUGAGUGAUGGAAGUCCCGGAUGACAUGAACCUCUCCUUCCUGCUGGAGCACGAGCGAGACACCAUCCUGAAGGUGCUGCAGAAAGACGAGAAGCUGAGGAAGCGAGAGGAGAAGAGAAUACGGAAGCUGAAGAACGAGCUGCUGGAGAUCAAGCGCAAAGGUUCUCGUAGCGCGCCGCGAGAGUCCGGGGAGCGUCAGUGCGGCCGCUGCCUCAAGACGCUGGGCCUGAUCUUCGACCGCGGCGAGCUGUGCGACGAGUGCGGGCUGCGGGUGUGCAGCGAGUGCCGCGUGUCCGCCACCAAGCGGCGCGAAUGGAGGUGCAACGUGUGUGCUAAGAUCUCAGAGCUGAAGGUGGUGACAGGAGAAUGGUUCCUGGAGGAGCGAUCCAAGCGCUUCGAGCACAAACUGUUGAGCAGUGACGUGGUUAAGCAAACAAUCCUGAGCAGCCCGACUGCUACAGUGGAUAAAAAGUCUGCUGACAACUUGUCUCUCCGUCCUGAGUCGGGGAGGUCCGAUACACCAAAGUCCAGCAGGAGCUCCAAACAUCUUGUAGAUGGACUGAGAAAAAGAGGGAGGAUGAAGAUGGACAAAGUUGGCAGCAGGCCUCUGAGGUCGGAGAACGGCUUCGAUGGCCUCAACGCCAAGUCCGCCUCAGACGGUGAUGCUCACAGCGUGCGAAGCGUUCACUCCGCUCCAAGUCAACACACAAAUAGCGGAAGCAUGGCGGCAUUCAACUCUUACGGGACACCGACCGCACUAAACAACAACCGGCGUUCCCAAACUCCCGACAGAUCUUCCACUUGCAGUAGCAACCGGCGGGUCAGGCAGCCUGAUGGAGCUGAGAGUGUUUACAGCUUCCACUCCAGCAGCAGCGCACCUGAGACGAAAACUGCAGGGAAUGAUGGGAAGAGCUCCGGUGCUCCCACCAUUUCUGUAUCUAGAGCUUCAGUGUCAUCAGAUCACAGUCGUUCAGAAAUGGACCUGUCAGCCGCAGGUUCUGAAGCCAGCGACGAUGCCUUCAGUUUCAGAAGCCGCUCUGUCCUCGGCCUCAAUGACACAGAGUUCUGUGACCAGGAUGCGGAGGAAGACAUCGACGCCCUGAUGUCGGCUCACAGCCAGACGGCCGGCCACCGCCUCAACAACGCUGCGUCGAUGCCUUCCACUCCUGCCUCAGAGAGGAGGUGGGGCUUCCUCAAUGUCCCCGACUCGGACGCUGAGACAAGCAGCAUCAGCAGCAUGAUGAGCAUGUACAGCGAGACAGGUGACUAUGGCAACGCCCGGGUGAGCGGCGAGAUCCUGUUGAACAUCAGCUACAGCUACAAGACGGGCGCUCUAAACGUGAUGGUCAAAGAGUGCCACAACCUCGCUACGGGGGACGAGAGGAGGCAACGCACUGACGCCUACGUGAAGACAUACCUGCUCCCAGACAUGUCACGACAGAGCAAGAGGAAGACGAGCGUCAAGGCCAACAGCAUCAAUCCUGUCUUUAAUGAGAACCUGAGGUAUGUGAUCAGCCACUCACAGCUGGAAACGCGCACUUUGCAAGUGUCCGUGUGGCAUCACGACCGAUUCGGCCACAACAGCUUCCUUGGAGAAGUGGAGCUGACCUUUGACUCCUGGGAGUUCGAUUCCCAAAUAGACGAGUGGUUCGCUCUGCAGCCCAAGCUGGAGAGCAGCAUGGACGCCAGCAUGCAGUACAAAGGGGAGCUGACUGUGGUGUUGAAGUACAUUCCUGCUGAGAAGAACCUCAUGCUGCCUCUGGACCAAGUACAAGUGAAGAAAGGCUUCCUGAAAGGCAAGAAGAAGAGCAGCUUCACACCACCACAAGGGGGCAUGGUUGAGCUGCUCGUCAAAGGGGCCAAGAAUCUAACUGCCGUCAAGUCUGGAGGCACUUCGGAUCCUUUUGUCAAAGGAUACCUUCUUCCCGACAACAACAAGUCCACCAAGCACAAGACGGCGGUGGAGCGGCGCACGGUCAACCCUGAGUGGAAGCACACCUUCACCUACUGUGGUCUGCAGCCAGGAGAUCUCAACAACGUUUGUCUGGAGCUCACAGUGUGGGACAAGGAGGCCUUGGCUAGUAAUGUCUUCUUGGGAGGAGUCAGGCUGGGAGCUGGGACAGGCACAAGUUACGGUAACGAGGUUGACUGGAUGGACUCAUACGGAGAGGAGCAGCGUCUGUGGCAGCGCAUGAUUGAAAACCCUGAAGUCCCUCAGGAGUGUACGCUGAUGCUGAGGUCCACCAUGAGGAAGACCUCCUCAUGAUCCGGAAGAUCGUCUUCUCACUUUUCCAGAAAACAACCAGUCAUGCCUUUUAAACCUCUGAUUACUGCCAACAACCCCCUUCCAAUAAGCACAUUAUGUUGACUCAUUUUAGCAUGUAGCGAACUACAGCCAACACACUUUUUUAUCCUAUAAAACAAGACGUAAGACAAAGCACUGAUAAAUGGCGGCAGAGACUCCUUUCGUCCCCACGUGAGCUCUUUUUGCUGUGAAGCACAUUCUUGCGAGUACAAUGAGUGUUUAUUUUAUCUUAGCAUUAGCUUGCUAGCGAGCUAACAGCAGUCCUCAUUGUUAAAGGGGAACAUUAUCACAAUUUCAGAAUUGUUAAAACCAUUAAAAAUCAGUUCCCAGUGGCUUAUUAUAUUUUUCGAAGUUUUUUUCAAAAUUUUACCCAUCACGCAAUAUCCCUAAAAAAGCUUCAAAGUGCCUAAUUUGAACCAUUGUUAUAAACACCCGUCCAUUUUCCUGUGACGUCACAUAGUGAUGCCAACACAAACAAACAUGGCGAAAAGAACAGCAAGCUAU